UUCCUGUCCUAUCAAUGUGCGGGGCCACGACCAACGUCAGCCGGACCGACUCCGUGCGUCUGCCAGUCCCGCCACGGAUUCAUCUGGGAUCCUCACACACCCAAGCCCACGGAGACGAGGGAUCAAGGCGGCCCGAUUAGCGCCAAUUGCUUGCUGCGGAACAGCUCGCCCCUUCCAGGUCUGGCGGGUGUGGAGGGAGGGGAGAGGCGAGCCGCGCACGCCGCUGCGGGAAGACACCGAAGCAAGAGCGACACCCCCUCCCGCCCCCCACCCUGCAGCGCAGGCUUUGAACGCCGCUUCCCCCAUCUGAAUGGAAACUCGGAGCCGCCCGGCGGCGCGUUCCUCCUCGCUCAGCCUGUCAAUCCAUGCCCAGAGGAAGGCGGUGCAAGCCCGCGCCAGCAGCGUCCAGCUCCCGGGACAGGGCCGGCAAUGCUGCUGAGCAGAACUUGAUCGCGCCUCUCCGUCGCUGCUAGCGGAAGCGAUGCUGUACCGCACAGGCAACGCUUCCCCGGCUCUCCUUCAAGCUGAAGGUUACCCACCCGCGCAGCCAGCCGCAACCUUGUGAGCCGCGCGCGCCUCAGGUCCGGGCUCCGGCUGCUCCGCGGCGGCGUGCAGGGGCAACCACCGGGCCGCCCGCGCCGGGGCGCACUGCACCAGCGGCUUCGGCUUCGUGGAUGUGUAUGCAUGAGUUCUGCACCGAAUGGGCGCAAAAAGCGCCCCAGCCGGUCCACCCGCUCCUCGAUCUUCCAGAUCAGCAAGCCUCCGCUGCAGAGCGGAGAUUGGGAGCGCAGGGGCAGUGGCUCCGAAAGCGCCCACAAAACCCAACGAGCCCUGGACGACUGCAAGAUGCUUGUCCAAGAGUUCAACACGCAAGUGGCCCUGUACCGAGAGUUGGUCAUUUCUAUUGGGGACGUCUCAGUCAGCUGCCCCUCUCUGCGAGCGGAAAUGCACAAGACAAGGACCAAAGGCUGUGAAAUGGCCCGACAGGCGCACCAAAAGCUGGCUGCCAUCUCAGGCCCGGAAGAUGGUGAGAUCCAUCCCGAAAUCUGCCGGCUUUACAUCCAGCUGCAGUGUUGCCUGGAGAUGUACACAACGGAGAUGCUGAAGUCCAUCUGUCUGCUGGGGUCUCUUCAGUUCCAUCGAAAAGGAAAAGAAGCUAGUGGGGGAGCGAAGAGUCUGGACAGUAAAAUUGAAGAGAAUGCUGAAACGCCUGCCCUGGAGGACUCCUUGUCAUCCCCUCUAGACAGCCAGCAGCAGUCCUGGCAGGUGGCCACAGAUAUUGAAAACACUGAAAGAGACAUGCGAGAAAUGAAAAACCUUCUUAGCAAACUCAGGGAAACGAUGCCUUUACCGCUGAAAAAUCAAGAUGACAGCAGCCUUCUGAAUCUAACUCCCUACCCCAUGGUCAGAAGACGGAAGAGAAGGUUCUUCGGGUUAUGUUGUCUUGUCUCCAGCUAGGUGGGUCUUCUGGAAACUCACCGCCAAGAUCACCUGAAAAACACCACAGAACCGGAAGACCUCCACACCGCAGAACACUGAGAAUGGUUUUGACCACGUUUUCUAGGCUUCCUUAUUACUUUUAUCUGCCUCUCCCCGCCCUUUUAAAUGAUUUCACACUUGAAAGCAGCUGCCAUCAAGGAGAGAAAAAAAAAAAAAAAAAAAAGAACAGAUUCAAAGAGGCGCAGCCUGUUUUUAAAGGGAUUUUUAAAAAGUUGACAUUGUGCAUGUCUGCUCUGAACCAUGCCAUGACAGAUGCAAGAAUUAUGAUUUUUAAAUUAUUUAAAGGUUUUUUAAAUGUAUUAUACAGAAAAAAUAUUUCGCAUAUAAUAGUAUAUCUGUAACUCUUGCUGAUAUCAUGUUAACAAUUUAUCAGAUAUAAAAGAUGUCUCUAAACAUAGAAAUCUAUUUAAAACAGCAGAACUGUUCAAGAAUCCAAUCUAUGAGUAUCAUUAGGAAUAUUAUAACCAAACACACACCACCUCAUGUGUAGCUUUCUCUUCACUCAUUUACAUUUAGUCUUCCAUUCUGUCAGAAUCUCUAAGUGUCAACGUAAAAAAAAAAUCUUAAUUUAUAAUGCAACAGAAUCAUAUAUGAAAAAUACAUUUUGUAAAUACACAGUAAUCCUACUAUCUUCGAACAAUGCAUAUGGGCAACUAACUUUCUUUUAAUCCAAUGGUGUCUUUUUAAGCUUCUUGAAAAAAAGAAAUGAAGUUAUCCAGUUAAGAAAUGGUGUAGUAACCUAUACAAUUACCCUCAGAUGUAAAAUUGAAUAUUAUCACAUUUUGUUUGGAUUGAAACCUGAAGCAUGGGUCCGCACAUCAGCAUAGUGUUAAAUCUUAUAGGGCAUGCUGGAAUUAGCUCAGAUCAUAAAACUAUUUAACAUUUUACAUUAUGAAUGAAAAAAAAGAUGUUUUAGUUAAGCUUAGCUUGUCUCAUUUUAGAUGACUAUGCAGAUAUGACUUUUCCAACGUGCA